GGAGGUUAUAAUAGUCAUUUGACAUUUAGCAGCACUAGAAAACUGAUGGAAAAGCUGGAAGGUGAAGUGUGUGUUUCAGUUUCGCAGUUUCUUUUUUUUUUUCUUUUCACUCAUUUCUUUCGGAAAAUCUAAUCUCAUAUUCUCCAAAUUUUUUCUUUUCCAUUUUUUUUUUCUCCGCAAGUAAAAAGCCUUAACGCCUUCUGAUUUUCCAUGUCUCCAUUCCUCGGCGUAAUAAACUCAACCAGGUUUUCAGGUGUAUUAUCUGGUGGAUCUCAUCGUGCGUUGUUGAUCUUCUGAGUGCCAUACUUUAAUAAAUUGUUCUUGUUGGUGGAAUAUUUUGCGUACCAUUGUUUCUUUGAUAUCUUAGCUUCUUUGAAGAAUCGAAUUUAAGCUUUGCUACAUGGGUUCUCGGUUUCCCUCUCAUAAAUUGAGCAAUGGCCUUUACGUUUCGGGCCGGCCCGAACAGCCGAAAGAGAAGACUCCAACAAUGAGCUCAGUGGCCAUGCCUUACACUGGAGGUGAUAUAAAAAAAUCAGGCGAACUCGGUAAAAUGUUCGAUAUUCCAACGGACGGCUCCAGAUCCCGUAAAUCUGGGCCCGUAACUGGUGCUCCCUUGAGAACGGGCUCUUUCGGUGGGGCCCAUUCUAACUCGGGCCAAUUGAACUCUGUGGGCCGUGGGCCCGCCACUGGAUCCGCCUCAAUGAAGAAGACGAAUUCGGGCCCACUUAACAAACACGGUGAGCCUUUGAAGAAAUCGUCGGGCCCACAGGGAGGUGGGACCGCCGUUUCUCGUCAGAAUUCUGGGCCUCUCCCUCCUGUUCUGCCAACUACUGGCCUCAUUACAUCUGGGCCUAUCACAUCAGGCCCACUAAACUCGUCUGGGGCUCCUCGAAAGGUAUCUGGCCCGUUGGAGUCUAUGGGCUCUAUGAAAAUGCAGAAUGCUUCUAUUGUUAACAAUCAGGCUGUUACCCAUCUUAACCGAGAUGAUGAGUAUUCUUUCAGUAAGAGCUUCCCGAGGCCGAUUUUUUGGGCUAUCAUUCUUAUAUUUGUCAUGGGAUUUAUUGCUGGUGGUUUUAUACUGGGAGCUGUUCGAAACCCAAUUCUGCUUGUGGUUGUUGUUGUACUUUUUGCUUUGGUGGCAACUUUGUUUACCUGGAAUUCUUGUUGGGGAAGGAGGGCUAUUACUAGCUAUAUAGCUAGUUAUCCGGAUGCUGAGCUGCGAACUGCGAAAGAUGGCCAAUUUGUCAAAGUUUCUGGGGUUGUCACAUGUGGAAAUGUUCCUCUGGAGUCGUCAUUCCAAAAAAUUCCCCGAUGUGUUUAUACAUCAACAAGUUUGUAUGAGUACAGAGGGUGGGAUUCCAAAGCAGCGAACCCCACUCACCGCCGCUUUACCUGGGGCCUUCGUACGUUGGAGAGGCACGUUGUUGAUUUCUAUAUUUCGGACUUCCAAUCUGGGUUGAGGGCUUUGGUGAAAACUGGGUACAUCAAAGAAGGUAGCACUGUGAGUGUAAUGGGAGUCGUGCAAAGGAAUGAAAAUGUGUUAAUGAUUGUUCCUCCGUCUGAGCCAUUCUCGACUGGAUGUCAGUGGAGUAAAUGCAUUCUUCCCGCUAGUCUUGAAGGCAUCGUUUUGACGUGUGAGGACACUUCAAAGGUUGAUGUCAUACCAGUUUAGCAUUUCUUGAUUCCUGCUCGAGCUGUUGUGUAA